AUGUUCAUUGAUCGCUUCGGCCGUCGCUGGACUCUGAUCAGCGGCAAUCUCGGCAACAUGGUGACCUUCAUCGUUGCAACCAUCCUACUCGCAAAGUUCCCUCCAUCGACCAACAACAACGGUGCGCAUUGGGGUUUCAUCAUCAUGACUUGGCUGUACAAUUUCUCCUUCUCCGCAACCUGUGGUCCUCUGUCCUGGAUUAUCCCAGCCGAAGUGUUCGACACUCGCACACGUGCCAAGGGUGUCUCGAUUGCUACCAUGCUUUCGUUUGCUUUCAACACGAUGAUCGGCCAGGUCACGCCCAUUGCAAUGACGAACAUUGGCUAUCGUUACUAUUUCGUAUUUGUCAUCUGCAACUUCACCAAUGCGCUCUUCUUCUGGCUUUUGCUUCCAGAGACUAAGCGCGUUCCUCUCGAGGAAAUGAACCAGAUGUUCACGAAUGCGCCAUGGAUCGUGCCCGGAAGUCGCAAAGAAGAUUAUAUGACUCAUGACCUGGAGCGGAAGGUUGAGGAGCAGGAAGUGAAGCAUAAUGCGUUGCAUGUUGACUAG